AUGAAGCGUGAUGUGAUCGCAACCUGGGCCUUGGCUGUGCUUCUAGGCCCGUUUUCUGCUGCCCUUGCCAACGCACAAUCUCAAGCGAACGAUCAGGCUCCAUCACAAGAAGAAGAAGCUGAUGUUAUCCCAGGCGCCUUCAUUGUCGAGUGGGAGGACAACAAAGAUCCCGGAGAGAGCUUCUAUGAGGACCUAGGCAUCAAGGUUGAGCCGCGAAAGACCUUCAACUACCGACUAUUCCACGGUGCUUCCUUUCGACUCGACAAUGCUACCAAUGAUGAGAGCGGGGAAAUUGCCGAACAGAUCGCCGCCAGGCCCGAAGUCAAGAGAAUCUGGCCUGUCAAAGUGAUCAAGAUACCGGCGCCCAACCCGAUUAUGAUUGGGGGGAAUGCAACAGCUUCCGCCUCAUCCGGCUCGAAGAAACGUCGCGAUACUGAGAAGGAUACCUUCACACCUCACAUGAUAACCCAGGUCGACAAGCUCAGGGCUGAGGGCUAUACAGGCAACGGGAUUCGCAUUGCUGUGGUUGACAGCGGCGUCGACUACACGCAUCCAGCACUCGGCGGCUGCUUCGGCAAGGGGUGCUUGAUAGCUUAUGGCCGAGACCUUGUCGGUGACAACUACUCACCUCCGGGAGAGCCGGAGCCCGAUGACGAUCCCUUCGACGACUGCGUCGGCCACGGGACUCAUGUUGCGGGCACUAUUGCGGCUCAAUCCAACGAACUAAACUUCACCGGUGCUGCUCCAGAUGUCACUCUUGGGAUGUAUCGGGCCUGGGGUUGCACGGGGCUAUCAACAAACGACAUCAUGCUCGAAGCUUUCAACGCGGCUUUUGAAGAUGGAAGUGACAUCAUCUCGUAUUCUGCCGGGUACUACACCGGUUGGGCCAAUGAUCCUUGGGCAAUAGCGGCUUCUCGCAUUGCUGCGGAGGGCGUGUCGAUCAUGGUGGCUCCAGGCAACGGCGGCUCAUCUGGUCUGUUCUUGACUGCUUCUCCAGCCACAGGGGUCAACGUCAAUGCCAUCGGUUCGGUUCAGAAUACGAUCAAUCCUCUGCUUCUCACUGCUGCAUCUUACACUUCGGAUGAGAAUACCCGUUCCUUCGGGUUCCUCAACGGAGGUCCUGGUUUCAGAGAGAAUCUAACCCUACCGUUAUGGGCCGUGAGCAAUGAUACGACUUCGACAAAUGAUGCCUGCUCACCUUUUUCGGAAAACACGCCCGACUUGUCUUCAAAGAUCGUCCUUGUUCGGGUGGCCGAUAGCUCGCAGUGUGGCUCCUGGCAGCAGGGAGGUAACGUGGCUGCAAAGGGUGGGAAAUACAUGCUAUUCUACAGCCAGACUAACUCAUCUUUUCAAUCUAUCCUCCCUUACUCAGAUGGCCUUGAAGGUGUUGGGGUUGUGACACCGGGUCAAGCUGCAGAAUGGAUAUCGCUCCUCAACCAAGGGUCAAACAUUACCAUCGACAUUACUGAUCCCAGCGUGGCGGGCUAUCACUAUGAGCCUUUGACAAACCAAGAGUCCGGGGGUCUUACGAGCAUUUCAAGCUCCUGGGGGCCGACUUGGGAGGGCGAGUCAAAGCCACAGUUCACAGCACCAGGCGGAAAUAUUCUUUCGACGUAUCCGAUGAACAUGGGAGAGUAUGCUGUCAUGUCUGGGACCUCUAUGGCUACACCACUAGCAGCCGCUAUAUUUGCACUCGUCGCACAGGCCCGCGGAUCUCGUGAUCCAUUUGAGCUGCGGAGCGUCAUGUCUUCCACCUCCAAGCCUAACCCGUGGUUUGAUGGCAAUACUGUUCAUGACAUACUAGCGCCUGUUGCGCAGCAAGGCUCAGGACUCAUCCAGGCCUACGACGCUGCGCAUGCUACCACGGUACUCAGCGUGAGCCAGAUCUCGCUCAACGAUACAGACCACUUCUCGGGCCGCCAAAAGUUCAGCAUCAAGAAUACAGGAGAUAAAGAUGUGACGUAUAAGUUAGGGCAUAAAAAAGCUGCUACCGUGUACACCUUUGCUGCUGGAUCACACUCAGUUGCAGCAUUUCCCAACCCUAUCGUCGAUGAUUGGGCGGAGCUUUCGUUUUCUCCCAAGGAGUUGACUGUUCCAGCGGGUUCGUCCGGUGAAGUGAGUGUCACGGCAAUCCCACCUAGGAACGUCAAUGCAACACAGCUGCCAGUGUACAGCGGCCUGAUUACUCUCUCAACAAACAAUGAGAAGUCUUACAGCAUCCCUUACAUGGGUGUUGCAGGGAGCAUCAAAAAGACUCCCAUAUUCCUACAAGGCGUUGAGUAUGGAACUUUCCUGGGCACCUAUGGCCUACCAGAGCCAGCCAACAAGACCUUUACCAUCCCUCAACCAGGCACGACUCCACCUCCGGAUAGCCAAUUCCAGUACCCAAGCAUGGUAGCCAGUCUUCUAUUUGGGACGCAAAUGGUCCGAGCAGACGUCGUGGCGCUCACAGACACCAAACUCCCCAUCACCGAAUUCUUCUCCGUUCGAAGCAUCGGGAACAUGCCCGGGUUUCCGGAUGUUUGGGUGAUCCGGAGGAACUACAGGCUCGGCUUUAUAGGGCAACUUGCUGAUGGGACAGUUGUUCCGGAGGGGAGGUACAAGGUCGUCUUUAGUGCUCUCAGGGUAUUUGGAGAUGCUGAGCGGGAGGAUGAUUGGGACUUUGCCGAGACGGUGCCCUUUGAUAUCAAAUAUCUGUAG